AUGGGCUACGCUCCGCUCUCCGACGCGGCUUUGUGGUACGACGCGUGGAAGUACACCGGCUGGCAAGACUUCACCGGGUUACCUGCUAACCCCCUAACGAUGUCUCUCGAAGAACGACGCGCCUCUGGCAUCAUGUGGAACGACGAUCAGCUGGCCGCGUUCGCGGAGUACGUUGAAUGGGUGAAACAAUUCAAGAAGCCGGACGACACGAUGAAGAAGAAGUCUCGAACUCUAUCGCCGCGCGUGCAGCUCGGUCGCGGCCUGUGGAAGACCCUAUGGGUGAAGUUUCACAGGAAGAUGAGCUGCAAUCAGACCAUCGACACCCUCCUGAAGGACCUCCACUGCGACUACUGGACUGUUGCAAAGGUAACUGGCAAGCGCGAGGUCGUUGGCGGUCACCAAGACUGGACCGACGUCUACUUUGCGGAUAUCGCGGUCCGUUUACUCGGUGAAACCGAGGUCAUUAUGGCCUACGGACUCAUCCGACCAUUGGCGCGACGGUUUGUAAAUGAAGUAUUGUAUGUCGCAUGGGAACGUCAGACCAAGCAGGCUAAGCAAUGGGUGAAAACCUAUGACACCAAGAAGACGCUGGUUGAUGAUGCGUGGACAGACUUUCAAUCCGGGAAAAAGAAGGGUCGCGCGUUGUACACGCUUUUGCAAAAACUGAAGCAGUUCAGAGAUCAUGCAGAGUUCUUGCAAGACGAGUUGGCAACGGCAGAUGUCGAGACUCGCUUGAGCGAAUUGGAACAGAUCUUGAGUGAAGCCGGCAAGGCACUCAGACCCGGAGCCGAGCCCAAAUCCAGGAGGACAGGUCGAUCACGUCGCCCUGUCAUCGACUUGGUGACGCCGGAGGAGCUCGAAGCUGUCUAUCGCGAAUAUGUCGAAGCCUUCAUUGAUGGCCCCAUGAGGGCGGAAAUGGAUAUAUCUCCUGGGACGGAAAUUGACACAUUCCAGGAGGAUCUGUCAGGUGAGAUCGGCAAUGACCUCGGCGUAACGAUGGAGCUAGGCAUGUCUCGCGAGGAGCUGAUGAACCAAAUGGGCUUGAACGGGGAAGUCCUUCCUUUCAUGUACAAGGUGAAGAAUAAGCUUCCCUACUCGAUCUGGACGGCGGGCAAAUCCCCGCGUGACGUUCGUGCUAAGCUUCGCGACAUGGGAGAGCUGAGGGGACAAUUGAGCGGGUCCUCAGAGUGGGAGGACCUUACCCUGCGAUGGCAUCAGGUCGCCGGCAUUCGCGCUGCGCUCCGCAUGCUUCAAAAUGGCAACGACGCAAUCUUGAUUGCAGAUGAGGUUGGCAUUGGCAAGACAGCACAGGCGCUGGGUGUGAUCUGCAUGGUCGCCCACUACAUCGAUUCCGGCUUAGAGAACCGCCCCGUACCGACGUUCGGUGGGGGUCCACUCAAGUCCGCCCCUCAUAUCAUCAUUUAG